AUGUUAACGCUACUGACGGAACUGCGAUAUUGGUCCACCAGGGAGGACAUCAUCAUCCAGGAUACGGAUCUCGGAACAACAAAGUAUUGUGAGAAAAAAUCGGAAUCCGGCCGAAGUCUUCUCAGCGAAGGAAAACGAAGCUACUGCGAAUCGAGGGGCCUGAAAUGGAGCCUGGACAACAAAAAGCCAAACAAACUGCGACACUCGUUACGGCUGUUGGAGGACGAACUUCGCCAAAAACGGCUCGUGUAUUGCAAAUGGAAGAACAACGUAUUGCUACAGCUAAUGCUCGCGAACGGGCUACUGGUGCAUUUGUCGAUAAAUCCAUUUACCGGCGAUAUCAAUCGAAUCUACUUUGAUAAGUAUCUCAUUGGAAAGCUUAUUUCGGAACACAUUACCGAUGUGGUUAUUACGCAAAAUCACAUUCUGGUGGCGUACAAUGAAAAUCAGAUUACCUUCGUUCAGCUACAAAAACCGACCGCACGGAAAAAUAAUCUCGAAAAGAUCAGUCUGAUGGACCCGAAGAUUUACAAUGUGCUGCUGAGCGGUACGGGCUCAACGACACGCAAAGUCCCGAAGCGGUUGGUCUGCAGCAGCAGCCUGAAUUUAGUUAUCGUGUGGACAAAAUCAUCCCAGAACGAGGUAUACCCAUGGCGGCCAACGGUAAAGGAUCAGGAUCGCGCUAACCUGCACGUGUACAAACUGAACGGUGCCCGUAUGGAACUGCUCUGCUAUUAUUGGACCGAGUACGAUCCGAUUUCAGUAGAAUUUUCACUGAUGAACGACUAUCAAGUGCAUUGUGUGGAGCAAAAAAUUUCCAAAAAGGGCGAAGUAACGAUCGACAGCUGCAUCUACCAGAUUAAUAAGACAAAAAUGCGUCGUGUAGCCGUCACCUCCAUUCCACUGCAAACGCAGGUUUGCUGUAACGCACUGAGCCCCGAUCAUGAGAAGCUCAUGCUCGGUUGCAUUGAUGGUUCUAUCGUACUGUUCGAUGAGGGCCGCGGUAUAACACAUCUCGUUAAAGCCGCUUUUAUUCCGACGUACGUUGCCUGGCACAGUGACUCAUCGGUGGUUAUGAUCGCCAACGAAAAGUGCCAACUGCAGUGCUUCGACAUUGCGCUAUCCUGCGUUCGGAUGCAGCUGCUCAGUGAGACGCAAGACAGCAUCCCGUCCGGCACGUUCGAUUUGUCCAACUAUUUUCUCGGCCAUCAUGCACCAUCCAUUCAGUUGGGACGACUCAGCUGGAGCAAAAAACCGGAACUGGUUAACCACGGAGAAAAGUACGCUACGACGGAUUCUUUCCUGUUCUGUGCCUUUGAGCAGGGGCCACUGGCAUGCAUUCGAGUGGUGGGUGGUUCCGGCUUGAAAGGUGACGUCCACACUUCCGGCCUCACGGCUGACGUUCUCGUGCACAAGUAUAUAUCACUGAAUCAGGUGGAAAAGGCGAUCAACAUUUUGCUCAGCCUAAACUGGGAUACGUACGGGGCCAUGUGUUUGCUUUCGUUGCAUCGGAUAGCGAACUAUAUUUUCAAGCAGCCGCUAGGCACGGAAAGGGAACUACAACUCCAAAAGGCACUCGGAAGUUUUCUCAUUCCUGUCAAGUCACUGUGCUACGAGACGGAGCUCGAAUUUGGUGAUCAGGUGAACGAUAUUACGCUAAAAUUCUUCCAUUAUCUACUGCGCAACAAAUCGUACAACAAGGCGUUCAGUUUAGCCAUCGAUAUCAAUGAUGCGGAUCUGUUUCUUAAACUGCACGAUAAAGCGAAGUCGGAUGGUGAUGUGGAGCUGGCCAGGGAGGCUCUUAGGAAGGUAGACGAUAUCAAUCGGAUAUGCACCGAUCGGAGCGAUAGUGAACAUUCUCUAUGUUCAAACUCGUCCUGUUCCUUAUGUGCGGACAGUUUUGACGAUGAUGACGAAUUCGAGGAUGAUGAUAGAGAAAAUCGAGUUGAUGAUGAAGAAGAGAUUGUCGAUGACGAAGAUGAACUCGAAGAGGAGGAAGAAAACAGUAGUCGGGAUGAGGCAACACGUCGUGUUAAUGGUUUAAAUGGCUCUUACCAGAACAAAAGGAGCGAAAGAUCUGUUUCAGAAAAUCCACGGCUUGAUGACCUAUCGAAACAACCCUUUAAUAACGAAGUUCGAGAGAAAAGCUGUCGAACGUUCUCAACUUCCUCUGGUUCAUCAAAGUCCUCACAGAUCCAACGAUGGAGCGUUGAUCAUAACGAACGCACAAAGAGUAAAUCAACUCUUGCCCAUCCUCCGCUACCGAAAACAGGCGACCAAUCGUCCAAAUCAGUCCCUCCUAAGUUUAACACACCACCGAGCAGUGCUAGCAGUAGGCAGGGAAGUAAUUCUAAGCCCAACACACAACAGGAUACCUUCUUUGGUCAUCAAGAUCGGCCUCCAUUGCCGUACGUUUCCAAAAAACCGCCUCAGAACAAACCGAUGGCGCCACCACCGUUUGCUAUGCAGCGUAGCCAGACGGCUAUGGCGCUGAAGUUGUCCAAACAGCAGCAGUCUCGGAUAGCGGAAUCAAAAUUAAAAGGAAAAUCGUUAAGCUCCAGCAAUUUGUUGCUGUUGGAUGACAGUCCUUUAUCGUACGCGCAUCCCUCAUCCGGUAUGGCAGCGCUCGGCCCCGGAACACGGUCGCGGCAAAUUGUAAAUCCCCGUGAAAAAGCUGCAAAAUAUUGGCAAGCAAACAGUUUGUCAAUGGAUCAGCUGAACGCUGCAAAUGUUAUGACAAACCGGGGCGGUCCCUCGCCGAUGGUUUUGCCACAUUAUGCAGAAUAUGGCGAAACGACGGCUCUAGGCAACAGUCGCACUAGUAUGUUACCUCCAUCGUAUCAUCACCACCAUCAGGACAAUGCUCAUCAAUCGCCAUCAGCCCAGCAGCAUAUUGUAAUCGAUGUCGUUCCUAAACCUUCCAUGAAUGGUUCGUUUCCUGGCGGACCUUUAUCACCGUAUGCAACGCAGUCGUUGGCCGGUGUGGUGCUGCCAGGAUCAGCACCAAACAUACUCGAUCAAACGAUCGGCAUACCGUUAGUACAAGACGAGCCGGACUUCAUUCGACGUCCGGGAGGCACACGUAAACCGCCGCCACCACCACAGUCGUCGUGGUAUCCGAGCGUCAGUGCUCCUACGAGCAGCUGCAACAGCAGUAACGCUCCUCGCACUAUCAUUCAUCAGUAUCCGUUGAUCUCUGGCAACAUUCCGUCCAAGUUUCAGCUGCAACAGCAGCAACACCAGCCACCGUUUGAGUUGCAGAUGGCAACGGCCGGACCGGGUAAAUAUGGGUCCAGAAAAAAACUGGACGCUCCCACCGCAUCUAUACUCUCGAACGGUGGUAGCAGUCAUUCGAGUACCGGACAGUCGCUACAAUCGGCAACGGCCAGCAAUGGAGGAACGGGCACCGUCGGCUUACAUCUAGCAGCAAGUAGCUCUGCCGGUGGUAGCAGCGGUGCCUCAACCUCAUCAUCUGCUGCCAAUAAGCGAGACGGUGCGGAGAAGAAUAAAGUGAAAUUUUCCGACACCGUCACGGUCGCCGUCGUACCGGAAAUACCUCGUAAAGAGAAGUUGCUCGUCGAGAAGUUGCGUAAACAGCCAAUGCCACCGGGACCGGUAGGGUAUGGACCAUUUUCCAUUGCCGAUCCAAAGCGUGAGCUGGCAGAAAGUUUGCCCCUGUGCCAUCCGAACGAGGACUAUUUGAAGGAUUUUACGCCAAUGCAAGAGCUUAUCGGCAACGGAAAUGGAGAAAUGGAGAAGAAAGAGGAGGAGAAAAAAAUUCCAAACAUCAAGGUGGUUCACUUUGGUGUAGUUUGA